CUCACUAUUCCUUGUCUGAGAUUUGCCGGAAAACAUCAAAUUGGUCCGAAAUUUUUGCCGGAAAACAUGUAUAGAAGAAUGUCUCCUUCAAAAUUUGCCAAAAAAAUGAAUAGAAUUUAGAUGGUGAGAAAGAAUUGGUGCAUGUUUGGGCAGAAAACCUUAUGAGAUUUCUCAGCAAGUGAAUGCUUUCUUCAUAAUCAAGAGUUUACAUGCUUGCAGUUUGCAGUGCAGUUGUUGAGCCGGAAACAAAAGAAAAAUGGAGAUGGAGUCGAGGAUGGAUGAGUAUGAGAUCACUGAGCAGAUAGGAAGAGGAGCAUUUGGAGCUGCUAUCCUUGUUCUCCACAAAACAGAGAAAAAGAAGUAUGUAUUGAAGAAGAUUAGGCUGGCCAAGCAGAGUGAGAAAGGCAAACGAUCAGCACUUCAAGAGAUGGAUUUGAUGUCUAGGAUUAAGAAUCCAUACAUCCUCAAGUAUAAAGAAGCUUGGGUAGAAAAGGGUUAUGUAUGCAUUGUCACAGGCUAUUGUGAAGGUGGAGAUAUGUCUGAGAUGAUUAAAAAGGCGAAUGGGACAUUCUUUUCGGAAGAAAAGCUAUGUAAAUGGUUGACACAAUUGCUUCUAGCUGUGGACUACCUGCACUCCAUCCACAUCCUUCAUCGAGAUCUCAAGUGCUCUAAUAUAUUCCUAACAAGGAACAAUGACAUCCAGCUCGGUGAUUUUGGACUCGCAAAAUUGCUUGAUGCCAAUGAUCUCACGUCAACGGUGGUAGGCACUCCCAACUACAUGUGCCCGGAACUCCUUGCUGAUAUUCCUUAUGGCUUUAAAUCAGAUAUUUGGUCAAUAGGUUGCUGUAUAUUCGAAAUGGCAGCACAUCGACCAGCAUUCAAAGCCAGUGAUAUGGCAGGACUUGUGAACAAGAUAAAUAGAUCAUCGCUUUCCCCACUUCCUACCAUGUACUCCUCUUCUCUGAAGUGUAUCAUCAAAACUAUGCUGAGAAAGAGUCCAGAACACAGGCCAACAGCUGCAGAGCUGUUGAGGAACCCCCAUUUGCAACCAUACCUUGCUCAGUGCUGUACCCCAUUUCCUCCCCUUAGUCUUCCUACUAAGGACAUAAGAAAACCACCACCCGAAACUUCUACAUCCACAAUUCAUUCUUCCCUUAGUCACUCAAGUAACAGUGAAAGAAACAGCACAAGCUCAACUCCUAAAGAUACACCCAAUAGAGCAGCAACAUGCCGCCACUCAAUUGACAAGCAUGAAGCCAUGGCAAUCUCAGAAGAGCGAAAUUCUGAUAAUGGGUGCCAAAUAAAUGAGACAAAGACCAAUGAACCAAGAACUAAAUGGGGUAGCUUUGACAUCUCUCAAGAAAGUGAAGAAGAUGAGGUGGGGCCCACUGAACAAUUGCCUGAUGAUGUGCCACCACGUGAUAGGUCAAUUGUAGACAAAACAGAGACCAUCACAGUUAGCAACAAUUGGUUAAGCUUGUACCCCUCUCAGGAAGAGGUAGGCAAUGAGGCAGAACCCACCUGGUCCUCCCCUGAUGAUGCGUUGACAUGUGAUGCACCAGUCACACACCAUAAGGAUCGGUUGGAAGCUGAGAGAGCUACCAUUGGCACUUGUGAGCAAGUGUUGGAAGCUGAUGUGGACCCAAAAGGUAUGCCCCGAGCUGUUCCUAGCAAUGAAGUUCACACCAAGUGCAUCAGCUUGGAUUGCACUCGCGAAGGGGAAGACAAUGAUGUGGGUCCCACUAGUGGGCCAGCUGAUGAUGUAUCACCAAAGAAAAGGUUGAUCAUAAACGAUACAGAUGAGAAGGAAAACAAAGGAGCAAUUGACUAUUAUGACAAAGUGGUAGAAGCCGAUGCGGACACAAAACUAGGGCCAGGUGUCGACCUUAACUAUCCUCAACAAAAGAUUGAUGUGGAUCCAAAAAGUGGGAACCAAACUGAUCUCAAAUCUUCUCGACAAAGGGCUGAGGCACUAGAAAGCCUUCUUGAGCUAUGUGCAGAACUCCUUGAAAAAGACAGGUUGGAAGAGCUUGCUGGUGUACUUAAACCGUUUGGGAAAGUUGGGGUUUCUCCGAGAGAGACUGCAAUUUGGUUGACGAAGACCCUGAGAUCUGUUAGUUCAGAUAACCAGGUUCGAAGACUUUUGAGUUAAUAACAAUUCAAUUGGGAGGCGCUUGUUCUGUUGUGGCCAGAAUCUAGCUUAGCCAUCCAAGAUAUGAAAAAGAGCAAGAUGGUAAAACCAAAUUGUUGGUGGCCUUGUGAUUCUGGUGCUGAUUUUCUCAUCCUCUGGUGCUCUUGAAGGAUUAACUAAGUGGAAGACACCAUUUCCUCACCUAUUACUUGGAGCCAAUACUUGGGUGUAAGAAUUUGUGUUCUGAAAAGACAAGUUUAUUUUUGCAUUUCUGUAUAUAGAGAAAGUAACACCAUAUACAUUACACAGGAUGCAUAUGGUUUAUUUUGCCUUGUAUUUUCCAGGGAUCUCCAUACAUUACUUUCCUGAUCAUAUUACCCGAGAAAAUAGAAAAAACUUGUGCACUGCAGGUUUAGAAU